GAGUUGCCAAACUCCGUUGGUAAACUAAUACAUUUACACUUACUUGACAUUUCAGGUUCUAGGAUUAGAACUUUGCCAGAAUCCCUUUGCAAACUUUAUAGUUUGCAAACACUGAGAAUUGGCAUGCUUGUAGACGGUUUUCCAAAGAAGAUGAGCAAUCUGAUUAGCAUGAGACAUCUUCACUAUGAUGAUGAUGAUACAGGACGCGAAAUCCAAAUGCCAUCCGGGAUUGGACGAUUGACUUGUCUUCAAACAUUGAAGUUCUUUAACAUAGGUCGUCAAGAGGAAGGUCGUGGUAUCCAAGAGCUUGGAACCUUGGAAGAUCUUAAAGGCUUCUUGGAGAUCAGAAAUCUUGAAUUAGUAAAUGGCAAAGAUGAUGCUGAACUGGCGAACCUAUCUAGAAAGCCAAAUCUGUAUCGGUUGGUAUUUGAGUGGGGCAAUAGGGAUCGGGAAAGUAAUAAAUGCGAUGAAAAUGUGUUGGAAGGCCUCCAACCUCACCCAAAUUUAAAAGAGUUACAAAUUUUGAAGUUCAUGGGUGAUCAGUUCCCACAAUGGUUCAUGAAUUUGACAUUGACAUCACUGGUGGAGUUGCGGGUGGAGGAUUGCACAAGAUGCAGAGAACUCCCUGCACUAGGACAGCUGUCAUCCCUCCAACAUCUAUAUCUGACUGGAUUGGAAAACAUAAGAAGCAUUGGGCUUUCAUUCUACAGUACAAGUGCUGAGGAGGGCGGCGGAUCAGGAGGUUCAAGCACUAUUAGCAGACAAACAUUCUUUCCAGCCCUUAAAAUUCUCUCUCUUGAAAGCAUGCAAAAUUUGGAAGAGUGGAAGGAUGCACACGAAAUGAUGGAUGUGUUUCCCGUGCUGGAAAAGCUGUAUAUUAGUGAUUGCCCCAAACUGACCACCAUUCCAACUCCAAGUCGUUUCCCAAGUCUUGUUGUAUUGAAUAUAAAAGGGAAUUGCCAUGUUUUGCUGGCAGAAAAGGUUUUGAGCAAUAUAGCCAAUCUCUCGUCCCUUAAAUUAAGGGGUGGUCGCCAAUGCAUCGAGUCUCUAAAUUUAGUGAGACGGCCAGAGAGCAGCUUGAGUAUUGAUGGCUGUGACAGUCUACCCACUGACACGCUUGAGCGGCUCUAUCUUUUUCCAACUCUUCAGCGUGUAGAAUUGAGGUCUGCCGAUAAUAUAACAACAUUAAGAGGAAUGAGUUGCGCCGCUUCUCUUAAGAGAUUGAGAGUCCUUUGUUGUGAGAAUUUACGGGAGUUGCCAGAAGAUCUUUAUCAAUUUCAAGCUUUAAAGGACUUGAUGACAUGGAGUUGCCCGAGAAUUGAUUCAUUUGGAUAUCCAAAUCCUAAAAAUUCAUUUGGACAGAAAGGCCUCCUUAAGUCUCUUGAGGAAUUUACUGUCGUUGGGUGCGAUGCAUUAACAAGAUUACCAGUGGAGAUGUUCGAGUCGUGUACGUCUCUCCGAGGGCUGACUUUGGUCGAUUGCCGCAGUCUGGUCUCCUUUCCCCUUGAUUUGCGACGAACCCCUUCUCUCGAGAGCUUCUGGUUACGGGGGUGUCCCAACUUGAUUGCUGAGAUGCCUAGUGGAUUUGGCUAUCUUACCAGCUUAAGGAAAGUGCUGAUUGGUCCCUUCUCAGAUUACUCUGCAAUCGAAUUUGAUUGGGCUGGAUUAGCAUCUGCAUCAUCACUCCGGCACGUGUUUUUGAAUGGAAUGCAUGACACGAAAUCUCUGCCACAUCAGCUUCAAGACUUGACUACCAUCACAUUACUACAUCUAGAAAACUUCGGAGCAGUCGAAGCCUUACCAGAUUGGCUUGGGAACCUUGCGUCUCUUGAUGAGCUAAUUCUGUGGGGUUGCCAAAAGCUUGAAUAUUUACCCUUCGUAGAUGCCAUGGAACGCCUCAAAUUAAGACGUCUGGAAAUUCGUGGUUGUCCUCUAUUAGAACGAAGAUGCACUCCUGAAAGCGGCUCCGAGUGGCCCAAGAUCUCUAAUAUUCCGGAGCGUAUGAGUGAUUAUAAGUCUUUCUGAGCCAUUCGAUACUAUCAGCUGGUACUGGAGAGCUAUCAAGGCAGAAGACUUGCUUGAAGAAAACUGGACGUGCUAAUACUUUAGUUUCAGAGGUGACAAGAUUUGAUGGAAAGAAGUUAGACAUUGUAGAC